AUGGAGCUUAGUGAGGAAGAUACCAAUUCAAGGGAGGAACCAGACCUCGAAUUAGGCAUUGCCAUAGACCAUCCAAGCUUCAGUCAAAUUGAAGAACUAAAUCAUGAGUCUAGACAUCAGCCUGUGGUCAAAAAGGAGGAAGUGAAGCCCAUGGGGUCAUUGGUGAAACAAAGGGAUUUUGGGAUUGCCCUUUUUGUUCACUGUCUAUUGGAAGAAUUCUGUCUUCAAACAGAAUCAGAUGCAAGCAGACAACUUCUCUUAUACUUGGCUUUGAAGGAGCAGUUCCUGAAGUCUAUCAGGAUACCCUACUUUCUGGAAAUCUUUAGUGAUUUAUGCUUGGAAACAAGUGCUGUACACUUGGCCUUGUAUCAGGAAGCAUUCAGAAAACUAAUUAAGACUGUGAAGGGUACAGUUGACCAAGAAAAUUUAUCCAUUUCCUUCAACAGUCAUUUAGUUGAUUUCUCUCCCCUUCCAUUGGUCAUCAAAUAUUAUGAAGAUCAGAGUCUUUUGAGUCAGCAACCUUCAACUGGCCUUGUAUUCUCAUCAUAUCGGUACAAGACAGAAUUCCAGGAACUUAGUCCUCUUGGAUUCGGAGGCUUUGGUCAUGUCUUCCGUGCCAUUCAUCGUCUUGAUGGACAGGAGUAUGCCAUCAAGAAGAUCAUCUUCUCGUAU